CUUUGUUCAAGCCAUUGGCGAGAUUGUUUCCACCUCGGGUUUGCACAUCUGUUCAGCGUGUCUUUUUUGGACCCUCGACGACAAUCGCAAUUUACGGAGAUCUCUAGCGCUGCUUCUGGUUAUAUUUUGUUCCUUGCCUUCGUGAGUAGCAUGUUACGACGUAGUGUCGCUGGAGGUGGAGGCUCGUUGGGUCUACCCACGACUUCUGCCAAUCAGGACUCCAAGCCCUUUUUUCGGCGUGACAAUCACAAGAAACCGGAUGGUUCGGCAGCCAGCAUUCACUUGACCAAUCCGCUCGUCAAGCAAUGGAAAGAUUCCGACACGGCGACGAAAAUCAGUUACGGCUUGCUCUUGACUUUUCUACUCAUGAUUUACUCGGGGUAUCGGACCUUGCGCUACAACAACGCUUCACUUUGGAUGACUUGUCACGCACAGGAUUGUGUAUUGCAGAUUUCUCCACGGGGCUGGGAGAAAACCACCACCCUCACCUUUGCACGAUCGCAGCUCGUUGAUGCGGAAACGGUCAAAACAAGCAACGACGGAGUCUACCUGGGGUCCAACCCCGAUCUCAACGAAGAACGCAGGCAAGCACACAACACCGGCAAAAACAAAAAGAACACACACAAAAACAAAGGCAGCGUGGGCUCUUACCGGGGACCCGAUCCAGAAGGCAAUUAUAUCACCUAUGCUGUUGUGCUGCGAGAUGAUUCCGAAGAAGCACGACAGCACCAAGCAGAAAGCGAAGAUGGACAAGGCCAAGCCGUUGUGAGGUUGACUUCGGUCAAACCAUUUUUGGACGUGGCUCAAGACGGCUCCUUUCGGUUGAUUUUUCGGCAAUUCGGUAUUACCCAAACACGUCGACGCGUCAGAACUAUGGUUUCUAAGAUUGAAUCCUAUAUCAAACACCGUCGUCAAAAACUUGUCGUCAAGGAAAACGCCUCGCCUUCCGCGUUCGCGAUUAUCCUCAUGGUGGGCGGAUUGGUCGGAGCCCUUUUGACCGUGCUAAUAGGUAGCUUUUGGUCCGACGACGAAUCGUACCGAAAACAACGAUUGGGACAGCGCAGAUUUGCGCAACAGCAAAAACAACAGCAGCUGCACUCGAGUCCACGGAGUUCGCUAGCCGACGUUAUCGCUGCCCGCACCAUGCCGUCACGGUACGAAGUCCAAACGGCUCCUCGGCGGACAACUCUUAGCACUAGUGGCAAUAAAACGACAACGACAACUCGGAAGCGUUAUUGA